AUAAUGCCCACAGCUAAAGAUCGAGAAAUGGGCCGAGAACUUGAUUACCCAGAAGCAGUACUUCUUACAAGCCCAACUAAUUCUUUCCUCAAAGGAGAGGUGGAUGAUAAGUAUCAAUACUCUCUUGAAGACAAGGAUAAUCGGGUCCAUGGGUGGAUAAGCCCAAAUCCAAGAACUGGAUUUUGGAUGAUUACACCUAGUAAUGAGUUCAGAACAGGUGGGCCUGUUAAACAAGACCUCACCUCUCACACCGGCCCAAUAACUUUAUCUAUGUUUUUCAGCACACAUUAUGGUGGAGAUAUUCUAGCACUAAGAUUUCGAAAUGGAGAGCCCUGGAAAAAGGUUUUUGGUCCUGUUUUAAUCUACCUAAACUCUGUUUCAUCUGAUGAUGAAGAUAUUCUCACACUAUGGACAGAUGCAAAGGAACAGAUGUUAAUAGAAACCGAAAAUUGGCCAUACGAUUUCCCUCUGUCGCAAGAUUUUGUUCAAGCUGAUCAACGGGGUACUGUAAGUGGCAGAUUACUCGUUAGCGACAGCUAUGUAAGUAAAAGACUUAUCACUGCAAAUUCUGCUUUCAUUGGGUUGGCUGCACCUGGAGAUGUAGGGUCAUGGCAAACUGAAAAUAAGGGUUAUCAAUUUUGGACUCAAACAGAUAAUGAGGGAUAUUUUUUAAUUAAAAGUAUCAUCCCAGGCAAUUAUAGCUUAUAUGCUUGGGUUCCUGGAUUUAUUGGCGAUUACAAAUACAAGAACUACAUCAACAUUACCCCAGGAUCAAGAACUAGGCUGCAAACCCUAAUGUAUAACCCUCCAAGGAAUGGACCAACAUUAUGGGAAAUAGGUAUUCCAGAUAGAACUGCAGCAGAAUUCUUCAUUCCAAAUCCACAACCAAAACUCCAAAACCAGUUGUACAUCGAACAUUACGCAGAAAAGUUUAGGCAAUAUGGAUUAUGGGAUCGUUACACAGAACUAUACCCUAAUGAUGAUUUAAUCUACACUGUUGGAUCAAGCAACUAUCAAACAGAUUGGUUCUUUGCUCAUGUAAAUAGAUAUACUUUCAAUGAUGAAGGGAAUAAAACAUAUAUACCAACAACAUGGCAAAUUGCGUUUGAUCUUCAAGAAGUGGAGAAGCCCUCAAAUUAUACACUUCAGCUAGCAUUGGCUUCAACAAAUGAAGCUGAAUUGCAAAUUCGAGUAAACGAUCAAGAUGCAGAUCAUGUUCCUAACUUCACAACAGGGUUGAUAGGCAAGGAUAACGCGAUUGCAAGACAUGGAAUUCAUGGCUUGUAUUGGUUGUAUAGUAUAGAUGUCCCUGGAUCUGUUUUUGCUACUGGAAAAAAUGUUAUAUUUCUAAAGCAAAGUAGAGGUUCAAGCCCCUGGAGUGGACUAAUGUAUGAUUAUAUUCGUCUUGAAGGCCCUCCUGCAAAUGAUUAAACAAAAAUUCGCAAGCUAAUUCAAAGUAAUCGUUGUUAUCCAUUGAAUUUCAGAGGAAUUACUUUGUUAGGAUUGUGGAAUUACUAUGAUUCUUCCUAAAGAGUUUGUAUUCCUUAGACUCAAGGGCGGAUGCACAUGGGAAGGGGCGGGUUCACGUGAGCGGGUUCACGUGAACCCAUCCUCCUCCCUUGAAAUCAUGUAUAUCACUAGUAAAUUUCAGCUCAAUACUUAAAUUAACAUGGUUAAUCCUAGCUCAAGUGAAUACUUAGUACAUUGGA